AUGACUACAGGUUGUGUUUUCCUGAAGGAUGAAUGGAUUCACACAAAGAAGGCGGUGGCAAUCUUGGAAAAGUUCAUCAACUUCAAUUUGAUGUAUUUUGAUAAAUUUCCGUUUGAAGAAGCGCAUCUGAAGACAGAAAAACUCACUGCCGAGGGGAAUACUGCCUUGAAUUUACUUGAUGCGAUAGAAGAUGAAUGCUGCUCAGAAUCAAAGGUUGUGUUCAGUUACCUGAAAGGGAGAAUACUUAACGCGCUUCCACGUGAGGAAUACGGUGUUAUGGCGGAAUCUUUUCUUGGAAAGGCUCUCAAGUUGGAUCCGAAGUUUUCUCCCGCCUGGAACGAAUUGGGUGACUGGGCAUGGAAACGAGGUGACUUGUCGGGUGCGAAGAAAUUUUGCACAUAUGCAGUUGAAAAUGAUCCUAGCAAUAAGGAAGCCCUCAGAAAUUUAUCGAUGGUCAUGCGACAUACCGGAGAAGUUGACAAACGGAAGCAAAUCGAAGAAAGUUUAAAACUGGUAUUGAAAGCGAUUUCGUAUGAUGCCAAAGACGGUCUUAGCUGGAGUUUUCUGGGAAACACGUAUUUAUCCAAGUUUUUCAACUCGACGCGAGAUCCUGCACUCAUUCGCAAUGCACUUACUGCGUAUGCGACUGCCGAGAAGGACCCAAAAAUGCGAUAUCAGUCUGAUUUGUUUUACAACGAAGCAGUCGCGUUGAAAUAUGAAGAAAGUUACCAGAAAUGCAUUGAAAAACUGGAAUAUUCUUGCAAGCUUGACCCAGAGUGGACCGCACCCCGUGAAAUGUUGAAAUCCUUGAUCGCCUUCCUUGAAACUGUUCAUGAUCUCGUUGCGACGAAGGGUAAAGUGAAGACGAAGAGACAAGCUCAAAUGAUCAAGCAGCUGAGUGAGGAAAGGUGUUGGGGUCCGUAUGGGAAAGGAGUAUAUAAAUCGCCGCGUGGAGCCACAGCUGCUUUAAAAAGAACAAAACUGACGGAAUUGAAGGAUGGAGACAAUUUGGAAGCUGUCGUUGCAGGGGUAGUUGUCGCGAGUGUCAACUCACAGGAUUAUGUUCCUUUUUUGUUCUGUAUGGUGGACGACGCAGGUACCUGUCUUGCUGUUACGGUGUACAAUCUUGCCCGAGGGAAAGGUGUCAUUAUUGGUGAUACGGUAGCGCUACCUGAUCCGUAUGUUGAGUCGGUUGCGGUGAAGUACAACGAUAAGGAGAUGAGUGUUGUUGCGAAGCAACGCGAGUUGGUCAAAAAUCGUGCACCCACUUUAUCUUUGGCUGGUUCCCGACUGUCCUUGCAAUCCAGACCUAGUGGAGAUGUUUCCUCGAUCGACGGAUCUUCAGGAAUUGAGCGCAAGAAGAGGCCCUCUUCAGCAGUUCCUCCUUUCGUUGACGGGUCCAAGACGACUGGUGGAAAGACGACGAAGAAAGUCAAGCCCAAGAGACCGCAAUCCGCUUUGCUUCCAAAAAGUGACAAAUCGGAUGCUCCAAAAAUUAUGAUUAACAUUAAGCCAUCCAUAAAACCGUCAGUGGUGGAUUGGGGUAGCGAGAUGAGUUCGGAGCCUAGUUUAGGUCGCAUGAUGCAGAGCAGUCGUAGGAGCAGAGUUUCGGAGGCCGUUCCCUUCAAGGACCCCGAUCUGACAUUUUGCGCGUCUUUCCUUGCCGCCAGACGAACGCCGGAUUCGGUGCUCGAUCGCAAGCCCAUGUCAAGGGUACAAGAAUGGAUAGAAGAGAUUCAAGCGCUUGACAUAGAAGAGAAAAAUUUGGAAAUGCUUGAAAAUGCUGAGGCCGAUGAGCUGGCGGUUAUGAGCAUUGAGGAAGAAGUAUGUGAAGACGAAAAAGAGAUAGACUUGCCAGAUUCCCCGAAGAGUAAGCCUCAGCUGGAUGAUGAUUACUUCAGCAUUUUGCAAACGUUGCAAAUGCUGGAUGCGAAUGAACCCAGUAGUGAUACGCAUGGAGCAUCAAGUCUGAAGGAGGACGCAGACCUUACUUCACGGCCGGACUCUAGUGAAAACAUAAAAAAAGAAGUCACCGGAAAAACCAGUGCUGGAGAUUAUAUUGAUGCCUUGGGAAAAAUAAGUAUGAUGGAGCUUGAGCUACGUGAAAAAACGAACAUUAUUGAAGACUUGAAAGCUAAUCUGGCCGAGCACCGGGAAUUACUAGCAAGUAAUACUAAAAGUGCAAACAAGGAGUUGCGUCAAAAACUCGAAACGCAGAAAAAGGAAUUCGAAGCAUCUGCGAAACGUCACAUGAACAUCAUUGAUCAGUUGGUUGCAGAAAAACGAGGGUUGGCAGAGCGAUGUGACAAGCUCAACGACGAAUUGUUGCAAAUGGACAAGCGAAAAAAGGAAGAGCUCAAUUCAUUAGAAGAACGCCAUGCCGCCGAACUCAGGCGUUUGAGAAGCUUACAAUCUUCGGCAGACAAACUAAAGCGUGAUAAAUGGAUUGACGAAAAAACUAAAGAAAUCAAGGAUAUGACUGUGAAAGGAUUGCAGCCAGAAGUUCAGCGUAUGCUAGAUACUCACAGAGCUGAGACCGAUGGUCUGCGUGCUGCUCACAAAGCCGAACUGAAGGAAGUUGAACGCCGUGUUAGAGCAGAGAUGCUUCAAGAAAUGGAGAGAAUCAAGGUCGAAUUCCAUAGAGACAAAGAGCUGGCCUGCAUGAGUGAACGAGAGAUAGCUCGACAGAGAAUCGAAAAGCAAUUUGAAGAAGAAGAAAAGCUAUUACAAGAGAGACGGUUGAAAUUGCUCAAGCAAGCAGAAGACGAGCGAGAAAAAUGGGAGAAUCUGGUAAUUAAAACUCGGGAUGAAGCUCAAAUGCAAAUGCAAACCUUGAGACAAAAAUACGAAAUGGACCUGUUUGACUUGAGGGAACAGCUUGUGAAAGAAGAAGAAAAGCGCACCAAGGAGAAAGAGGAAUUGAUGACGAACUUCGCUAAGGAACUGGAGCAAGAGAAAUCGAAAUUAUCAGCCGAUUUCGAUGCUGAACUCGAUAAUGCCAUGAAAGCAAAGGCUCGGGACAUUGAGGUGGAAACGUCUAAGCGUUUGGAUGCCCUUCGUCGCGAACACUUGGCAGAGGUUGAGCGUAUCCGGAAUGAGCUCGGCGAAGAUUUUGAGAUAAAACUGAGGCGUAUGAAAGAUAAAUACACGAGUGAGAUGGAGGAAAUGGAAAUGCAAGAGAAGAACAUACACGCCAAAUAUUUUGCUGCAAAAUCAGAGCUCACCCAGGUUCAAGAAGAUUUGAUGAGGUACAAAACUUCGUCCGGGCAAAUGGAGCGUGAGCUCAAAAUGAUUUCCUCCGAAUUUGUAGUGCUCCAGGAGGAAAAGAAGAACAUGUGGUCCGGCAUUGGUGUGCAAUUCCAAGCUAAGAUUGAAUCUCUCGAAGACGAAAACCGGAAGUUACGAUUAGACUUGGGUGAAACUCAGGAUAAACUCACUAGAGAACGUAGGAAAAGGGAGGAGGAUCGUGAAUCAAUAAAAAAAGAGAAGGAAGAUGAAAUGGAACAAGUUUUCAAGAGAGUCAAGUUCGCUUUGGACAGAAAAGAAGAAAGCAUGAACCAACUAAAGCAAGAGUACCAAGAUGUUCUCAUCCGAAACCAGCAUUUGCAGGGUAUGCUAGAGAAACAAAAAGGCGAUUCCAGUCGAUCUUCACAGUCCAAGAAGGCGCUUCCGAGACCCACCAAAGCUAUCACCAUGUUGAAGCAGUUGUGUCCUAGGCUCUUCAAAAGCAGAGUCAUUUUAGCCAGCAGUUCCCCCAGAAGAAGAGAAAUCCUCGAAAAAACUGGACUAUGUUUUGAGACCAUAGUUUCUGAUUUCGACGAAGCCACCGUUUCGAAGAAUCUUCCUCCCGAGGAAUUCGUUCUGACUGCCGCCGACGGGAAGGCAUCUGAAGUGUUCCGGCGUCUUGACGACAGCUCAUGUUUAGUCGUUGGUUCCGACUCCAUGAUAUGUUUUCGGGGUUCAAUUUUCGGAAAGCCGAUUGAUGUGGCUGACGCCAAAAGAAUGCUACACCUACUGUCAUCGUCUGAGCCUCACGAAGUUCUGACAGGAGUUACGCUCAUCAAGGGAAGAGGAGUCGAACCUCCUGUGAAAAUAAGCUUUGUAGAAAAAACAACAGUUUUCAUGAAAGGCGUUCCUGAAGAAUGGUUAGAUGCAUAUCUUGCUGUGGGAGAAUCAAUGGACAAAGCUGGAGCAUAUGGAAUACAAACCGCUGGUGCUUGUCUCGUCGAUCGAAUCGAAGGUGACUUUUACAACGUUGUUGGGCUUCCGUUGUCUCGAUUGACAAAAGAAUUCGUAGAGUUGGAAAUAUUUUGUUGAAUGAAUGAAAUUAAAUAAUCCGCAUACUUACGAUCUGACUGCUUAUAAAUAAAUUUGACCCUUUAAGAAGGGCUCACCGUCGUUUUUCUAUCGAACAGAAUCCUGUAACUCGCCGUCAUUUUUCCCGUGUCAUGUCUUGUCGAUUAGAACUUGAGCGACCCUACGUCGAUGAACCCUUCAUUUUCCAAGCCAAAAAACCUUUUCGCGUCUGUUCCUACUCUGUUGUUUAUUCAAUCAUCAGUUGGAAAUAUCGUUUCCUAUUCUCACGAAAUGGAACUUAUAUGGGACUUGAUCGGGAGUAUUGAUCUCCAUUUUCUGACGCACUCAUUUUUUCCUGACACCAAAAUGAGCCCUACUCAAGUUCAUAGAAAAAUAUUCCCGAGAGACAGUCUCCAUUAAAUGUUGAUAAAAUUAAACGAAGCUUGAAAUUUAUGUGUGGAUAUAAGUUUAAUUUGAGUAAUUAUAAAUGUCGCUGUUUUCUAAAAUGAGCAGUCUUGCAUUGGAAAAACAAAUUUUAUGGUGAAUUGAUUGAACUAAUGCUAGGGAGAAAAUUCCUACAUGGGUAUGCCAUGAAGUUUUUAUUUUCGCGAUCUGAUUUUGCUUUUUUGUUACGUCUUGAAAGAGGUACGCGUAUGAUUUUCAUGAUUCUGUACAUCGUCGAAAACUAAUUUUCUCCCUCGUAUUUGAAUUCGUGGAUUUAAAGCAGGUGUAUUCUUCAUG